CUAUAUUUAGACAUGCAACAUACGUGAGCCACGAUCAUAUCACACGAGUUAGAAAACACCAAUCCAAAAUGGCCUACAGGACGCAGGCAGCAGCAGAUUACGAUUUCCUUUUCAAACUGGUUCUUGUCGGAGACACUGGUGUUGGGAAGUCAUGUUUAAUGACGAGGUUUGCUGAUGACACAUUUUCCUAUGAUACAAAGACGACGGUUGGUGUGGAUUUUAAAAUAAAAACAAUUUUAGUUGACGGGAAGACAAUCAAGCUACAGAUUUGGGACACGGCAGGUCAGGAGAGAUACCGGUCGUUUUCCAGCAACUUCUUCCGAGGGGCACAUGGCAUUAUUCUGGUGUACUCUGUCACUCUUAAGGAUUCCUUCGAGUCAAUUCCGUCCUGGAUCGAAACCCUCAACAAGUCUGCCCCCGUGAAUGUCUCCACUCUGCUUGUUGGCAACAAGAGCGACCUAGCAACAGAGAGGGUGGUCGGGGUGGCGUCCGGAAGUGCCUGCGCUGAGAAAUAUGGCAUUUCAUUCCUGGAAACGAGCGCAAGAAAUGCUACAAACGUGCAACAGGCAUUCGUCACCAUGGCAACGCAGAUCAAGAACAGAAUGGCAACCUCACUUCCGGUAGUUCCGGAAAUGAACGACAGCUUCCGGUUGGAAUCGACACCUGUCAACGAGACAUACUGCUGUUCCUACUUUUGAUAAAUAGUUGCAGGGAUGAAGUUAUCUCACUUUAAGUGAGGUUCCAACAGAAUGGACAAAGAAAGUGUUGGAUAUUGGGAUGCAAUUUUGUGAAAGACUGAUGAUACAACCAUAAGUAAUUGGAGUUAAGUCUCGUCGGCGUGGUGGCCCAGUCGUCUGAGGUGCCACAAUUCGCUGUGCAGAGUUGCGUGACUUGAACGCGAUAGAAACCUGUGAUUGUGAGUUCGAAUCCCGGUUGGCCCCGAUUAUGUUUCUUGGUUUGUCAGCAGCUAUCCUUUCUCCUGAGUUUCACCAUAGCGGUAAACGUCUCAGAUCUGCAUCUCGUCGGGUUUUUUCCCUACAUUAAACUGACACGCCGUGAUAUAUAACUGGAAUAAUGUUACAAGCGGCCUUAAACCAAACUCAGUCACUCGUAGGCGUAAAUCCACGUAUUUUCAAUAUCUAGGUAGAGGCUAUCCGCUCUUCGUUAAUUCUGUAACCAUGAAACAAUACACACAACAUACACUAUACACAUCCUUCCUUCUCAUCUCAUUCUGUAUCUAAUUUGGACGAUAUGGUAGCCGAUUGGUUAAAGCGUUUGCUUAUGAAACCGAAGACCAGGUUCGAUUCCAAACUUGGAUACACUGUACAAAGCCCGGUGUUGUUGUCGUUACUUACAUAGGACUAAGAGCAACGUAAAUGAUUUACUGUUUCACCGUUAUUAUUCCUGUACAAUUAAAACCUCGUUAACCCGAAAUCUGUUAUCUCGAUACAUCAGUUAAGAUGACGGUCUGCGUGGUCAUGUCAGAAUCAUUAUCAGCUCAAUUAUAUCAUAUAUAUUAGACCUCCGUUCCUAUCGAAAUGUGGAUAUCUUAAUACCCAAGAACUUCUGGUAAAUGUGGGGAGGGGCUACACAUUGUUUUUUUACUCGGUUCUCGUCGGCGUCGGCGUCGGCGUUCCCAUCCUAUUCCGAGCCACAACUUGAAAACCGUUCUACAUAUUUCAACGAAACUUGGCAUAUGCAUUGCUCAUCAGCAUAACUGGUGCCUUUGGCUAUUUUUGGGAGGGUGGGGUUGGGGAGACAUGUGUUUUUGAGUAAACACACAUUCCAGUUAAUACGACGUACAACAGAACAAAUCACAGGGUAAAUAUUUCCAUUUACGGCAGCAUUUCCAAGCAACAUUUGAACUUACGAAGAAACAGUAGCGUGUGUGUGAGCAGAAAACUCUGUGUAUUUUUAUGUAUUUUUGUAUAAUCGUGUAUGUACAAUGUUUUGAAUAAUAUAGUAUAAUCAUUAACUUGUGUGUUGGGGACGGGGGGAGUUUGAAAGCAAUGAUAUUACUGGUUAGCGAUGUCAUUUUCCAACGGACAUGGUCAAACUGUUCUUAGGGACCCAUCAUUAAAUAUUCCAGGGAUGGAGGUGGGGAUGAGGAUUGGGGUCUACGGGGAUGGGUGUUUUUAUUGAAGGAGAUUGAAUAAUAUUUUCGAUCACGGCUUCAAGACAUACAUUUUUUUCUUCAUUCUUUUUUUUUCUGCGCCUUUCCAUGAAGGGUCAACCAUCUGGUAAUGCUCAAAUACUGCCUAUUUUCUUGUAAUUCCAAAGGGUGUAAAUAUCCUCACAAGGCCACACUUUCACUGUCACAUUGUCUUGGUUGGGUUGAAUUAAGACACAUUUUAUGUUUCGUUACAGUUGACUGACAUGUACCUUUUUUUCUAAUUUACCCCUACGAAAGUAGUGUGGACAAUUGAACAUUUUUUUAAAUUAUCUCAAACAAUAUUGUAUAUUUCGUUUUUUGUUACAGCUGACUGGGUUGUAUAUAUUUAAAAAAAAAUGUAUUAUGCAUCCGAAAAAGGGCUGAUAGACAAAUGGAAUUUUUUUUACAUGCGUGAAUUGUUUUUGUUGUUACGCUUUUAUCGUCAUCCGAAAAAAAACAUGUCAUCAGUCAGAAUUAAAGCCCAUAUGUUUUGUACAUAUGCAUACAUACAUUCUCAUGGUGUCCAUAGGUCCAUCAGUGUUUUAACCGUUUAGAAAUGUACUGAUUUGUGUCAUUAUCAAAAAGGACCCAUGAAGAUCCGGGGUAGAAUAGGUCUUCCGCAACCCAUGCCUGCCGUAAAAGGCGACUGUGCUUGUCGUAAGAAGCGACUAACAGGAUCGGGUUCGUUGACUUGGUUGAUGCAUGUCAUCGUAUCCCAGUUGCGUGGAUCGAUGCUCAUGAUGUCAAUCACUGGAUUGUCUGGUCCAGACUCGAUUAUUUACAGACCGCCAUCAUACAGCUUGAAUAUUGCUGAGUGCGGCGUCAAACAACAAACAACCAUUAUCAAAAAGCAAUAAUAUGUGAACUUGUAAGCGAGUCUGUUUAUUAGUUAUGAGGGUCAACGUACACAUGUACCAUUAACUAUGUUGAAAUUAAUGGCCUAUGUGUAAUUAAGAACAAUUCAAUUUGAUGAGUACUUAUAAACCCGUCAGUUAUGUAAAUAUGAAGAUGGUAUGUAACGUCUUACAAGGAAAGGGUAUAACGAAACUGUAUUUUUGUCUCCAUAUGUCCAUGUUACCAAGUCAUUUUAAAAAAAUAAUAAUCAUAAAACAAUUUAACUCUCACGGCUUCAUAAUGAUACGACUGCAUUAUUAGUACUGCAAAGCAAACAGGUAGGACAUUGAUUCUCAGUGACCUGUGAUAUUAUUAUUAUUAUUAUUGAAAUAAAUAUUUUUGUUAACCUCAAA